AUGGACUCAGCCAUUGAUCUAUCCGAUGCCUCCAAGGCAUUGGACCUCGCCAAUAUCCGCUUCCAGCUGAUCCGGUUAGAGGACACAAUCACUUUUCACCUGAUCGAACGCGUCCAAUUUCCACUCAACAAGACCAUCUACGUGCCCGGCGGUGUCACCAUUCCCUCCAGCCAGCUCAGUCUGGCCGACUACCUCCUUCGUGAACAAGAGCGACUGCAGUCGCGUGUGCGCCGCUAUGAAUCCCCCGACGAAUACCCCUUCUUCCCCGACGUGCUCGAGAAGCCGAUCCUGCAGCCGCUGCAGUACCCGCGCAUCUUGCACGCCAACGACGUUAAUGUCAACGAUGUGAUCAAGCAGCGCUACAUCAACGAGAUCCUGCCUGCCGUCUGCCCCCAGUUUGGUCGUGAGGACCGUGGCGAGACGCAGGAGAACUACGGUUCGGCGGCGACGUGCGAUGUUGCUUGCUUGCAGGCGCUAUCGCGGCGGAUUCACUUCGGCAAGUUUGUUGCUGAGUCGAAGUUCCAGAAGGAUCCUGAGACUUUUGUCCGUUUGAUUCGUGCUGGUGACCGUGAGGGCAUUGAUGCUGCUAUUACGGAUGCGAAGGUUGAGCAGAAGGUUCUGGAGCGCUUGGGUCUGAAAGCUAAGACUUACGGCACCGAUCCUGCUUUCCCUGAGGAGAAGGGCCAGAAGAUCAAUAUCGAUGCCGUGGUGGCCAUGUACAAGGAAUGCGUCAUCCCUCUGACCAAGGUCGUCGAGGUCGAAUACCUCAUGCAGCGCCUCAAGGGCACCCAAUGGGAGUAA